GGGGGGGGGGGUGAUCGAAUGCGGCCAUACAAAGGGUGGUGUGUACGUCAUCGGUGGCUGAGCAUGAUGUUGACGGACAAGCGGGGGAGUCGAGGGCAAAGUAUAUAGGGAGGGGAAUUGUUCGCCACCAUCUCUCCUCCUCUUCUCCACCUCGCACUCGAUUGAUUCAACAUGGCCAACCUCAUCGAAGGACUCUACCACACCGUCCAAGGACUGCUCCAGAGCAUCUUUGCCGUCUUCCAAUCCUUCUUCAACGUUAUCUAUUCGUUCGUCCACGGUAUCAUCUCGCUUGUCUGGGGCGUGCUCGAGAGUGUGGCCGAGUUUGUCGGUGCUUCCGUCCACUUUGUCAUCUGUAAGUCCGCCAUCCCUCCUCCCAUCUUCCAUGACCCUUCUGUUUGCGCCAGAAGGUAGACAAGCUGACAUAGAAAAAAGCAAACAUUCUCAUCCUCGGUCUGCUCGGCCUCGGUUUCGUACUCUACAACGACCGAAACAAGCGCGGGACUAUUGGGAAUGACAUUAAGACUCACGCCCAUAACACCAGGCUUCAGGCCCAGAAGAAGGUCAAAUAAGCCCGCGUUUAGUAUCCAACUUGAGACCUCGGGGUGAGGCGUGGUCAAGGCGCAAGCGUGGCGAAGCGCUAGUAUUGAGCCUGGAAGGGGCGAGGCGAUGCGAGGGUUGUGGCGUAUGGUCGGUGAUUUUUAUAGAAAUGUGAAUAAGCCGCAAAUAUGUAUAAUAUCUUUCUGUGAUUUAGUGGAGAUGGAAAACGCAGAGUCGAAGAAUGCGUUGAGA